GGACGGGUGGAAUCCCGCCUCCCGCAGUGGCGGGAGAUCUGAACGCGGGUCAACACUAACGGCGGCUGCAGAGGCGCGCGGUUCGCGGCCGCCAUGAGACGUAGAGGGCCGGAGGAGGAGGCGUGUGGUGUGUGGUUGGACGCGGCGGCGCUGAAGCGGCGGAAGGUGCAGACACAUUUAAUCAAACUAGGCACCAAAAUGCUGACAUUGCUUCCUGGAGAGAGGAGACCUAACGUUGCUUUUACUCAAAGAAGAGGCACUCGGCAGACCAGUAUCACAUCCUUUGUCACCUUACAACCAGGAAUGGCAAAUGGUGGUAACCAGAAGAACAUUUUCUCUCUCAAAGAAAAUCAGAUCAACAAAGAAUGCAAGAGAACCCAGCUAGACUGUUUGGACCAAGGAUUAGAGGAGGAUUGCUUGCUAUCACCUUUGGCAGUUUCAACUCCUACAGACAUCCAGGAAGCUGGACAUUCUGCUCGGUCUCCCCAGAUUUCAGGCUGCCAGAGUUUGGAAACAACAUCUUUGACUAUGAUGCCUUUGCCCCAGCCUGGUGUCCUGAUGGGCACUGGAGAGAGUAAAGCCCCCCUGGCUCCUUCCUUUACCCAGUUCUUGGAAGGUCCUUGUUUGCUGGACCAAAGAGAGGCCAAGACGAAAAGGGAAGGGCUUUGUGGAUCUAAGGCAGACUGUGCAGGCAUGGGAAGCCAUGUCAAAUCACCUGGAGGUAAAUGCCAUCAGCCCUUGGACAAAACCAAAGUGGGGAGAGGGGGCCCUGCCAAGGAAAACAGGCAGGCCCCUGUGCAUCUUCAGACCUACAGGCUUGGAUCCUGCAGUAGGAAAAAACCACUAUUGGUGACAAAAAGCCCUUGUCCUCUUUCUGUAUUUUCCUGGGACAGUGAAAGGAGUGACAGGGACUCCUGGAGUCAGCUUUUCACCAAGGAUUCCCAAGGCCAGCAAGUCAUUGCCCACAACACUAAAAUGCCUUUCCAAGAUGUAAGCAAUGCUAGGAAGCAAGGCUCAAGGCAGUUUCCUGACAGCCCUCAGGCUCAGGGCCAAGAUGGGCCUUCUCAGUUGCCUCUGCAGUCACAUCUGCUCUUUACCCAGGACUCCGAAGGUAAUCGGGUUAUGAGACACUAGUUCUAGAGUUUAUGUGAGUGGAUCUGGAAGUGGCAGAGAUGGCGGGGAAGUAGGGCGGGGCUAGGGAGAGAGGGUUUAGGUGAAAGGCCAGGUGGGAUGAAGCAGCUGUGCAUGGAACAUUCUCCGUAUGUAAAUAAAGCAGGCAGUGUGUGGUGGGCAUGCUUUCCACUCAGGAAGGUGACUGGUGCAUUCCACGGGUGGACGUGAUGAGGCCUGAGCCGGCUGGACAGG